UGGUAGGUGACGUUGGCCGUGACGCUGUGCAGCCAUGACAACCUGAAAUAAAAGUAAACAGCAACAUAUUCUCUCCUUCGGGGUGCAGCAGGUCGAAACAUCUGUGCGUGUGCUGCAGGUUGCAUUGAGGCAUUUCGAGGAACGAUUCGUCUACCUUUUCCUGUAGCUCCCCAAGGAUCAUCCUUAAUGGAUACGCAGAUUAUUCAAAUGGAAUCGCUUUCCUUGGACGACACUGGUCGAGAGAGCCCAGAUGAUGACCGUCCUCCGGAGAGGUGGGCUCCUGUUGGCUCAAGUGAAAUCGAUGAUGCCUGGGAUGAUCCUGAAACAUGCAGCCUGUCGGAGUUUGAACGUCUGCGACAUUUGGAAGAAGAGCAGGAGCAGCUGAACACAUCACUGGUCGCACUUACAACACACUUUGCACAAGUCCAGUUUCGGCUGAGGCAGAUUGUGAAUGCUUCACAGGAGGAAAAGGAGGAACUGCUGAAAGAACUAGAAGAGUUUGCCUUUCGUGGAAUCCCAGACUUGCGGUCUUGUCAAACUGGAGUUGGCAUCUUGCUCUCAGAGACGGAACAAGAACAAGAAGAAAAGCUAGAGCAGCAGCGACAAAAACAGAAGGAACUCAUUCAGCAAUUGAAGGAACAACUCGAGGAUCUUGAGAAAUAUGCUUUUGAGACGGGUGAUGCAGGUAUGCCAUCCAGCAUGCUCCUAGAACGACAGUCAGUCAUCAUAGAACAUCUCAAGGAAAAGCUUCCACUCAAUUUGGAUGAAUUGGAUCUCCUUGAUCCUGAUGACCUACGGAGAAAAAUUGAUCAAGCCGUACGGGAGAUGGUCAACCCUGUCAAAAUGAAGGAGCAGCUGGUUUCACAACUGAAGACCCAGAUCACUGACCUUGAAAGAUUCAUUCAGUUUAUUCAAGGAGAGGGAUCGGAUGGAAAGCCAAGGUGCACAUGCAACUGUCCAGUUCAUGGCAAGCCGGAUACACUCCACUCUGAAACGUCUUCCGAGUGCUUUGCUUCGACAAGGAAAUACAAGGACCAACUUCGUCGAGCACAUAAGGAGAGCCAGGAGGCCCAAAACAAGAUCUUGCGGCGCAUGCUAGCACUGCUACACAUGUUUGCGUUGACCCAGUUUGGCUGCGGGCGACGAAACUUCCAGAGAAAUAUUAUGAAGCGGACACCAAAGGGAAAUCAUUGGGGAGAUCUGCGAGCAUGUCUCGAGCUGGCUAUCAACCAGGUCCUCGAGCUCGUGGGAAAGCAGGAGUCACAGUGUGUGGACAGCGACUACACCAGUGAUUCUGAAGAUGCACCUGCUGUGCUGUGUAAUGAGAAACUGACUAGUGCUGUCAGAAAAGAUCUGGCCACUGCCCUACGUGACUUGAUGCAGCAUGGAUUGAUGGAGAUUGGCCAGAGCAGCAGCCUUGUGCCCCUGGGCUGCUUCACCUUGCGGUCUGCAAGCGCACCCUCGCUGCUGCAUGCAUGGGACCUCAUCCUCAAGUAUUACGAGAUCAAAAAUGGUGCGCAGUACAAUGCUUCACCAGCGCGCAAGUUGUCGGAAAGUUUCAACUUGGACAUUGUUGCCUCGACAAUGGAGACACCAAAGCAUGCUUUGCUGACAGCAGUUCACAGUAUCAUAUCAAGUCAUACACCACUGAAGCGCAGCUAUGAUUCUCACUUCAAGGCAUUUGUGUGUGCAGCCCUCAACGAAAAGCGGCUAGUUGCCUGGCUAAAAUUACUUUUCAAGUGCAUACCACUUGUUGAACGCUAUUAUGUUCAUUGGAGCUAUGUGCGGAAAGCAGGUUUUGAUGAUGCCCUACGGUCUCUUGACCGGCUAACAGGAUUUGACUUUGAUCUUCCUGUUGACUUGGCUGUUCGCCAACUGCAGAAUAUCAAGGAUGCUUUUUGAUGUGCCACAACUCCUGUAGGGGAAGAGGUGCCACUUGUCUUCGAGAUGAACUUUUAUCUCCCGGCAUUGUGCUGCGAGGGCUAAUGUAAGAGGCCAAGUUCUUGUUGAAAAUCAUUGAAAAUGUUCUUUUUACUGUGAAUAUGUCGUGUAAAACAAGACAAAUGUGUUCAUGCAAUGCCUUGGAGCUGCCAUGGAUGUAGACUUAAACUCCACAGGCUUCCGCUGUGAGGUGUGCCGAUUUUUAUGUGUGUAGCAAUGAGUGUAGCUGCUCUAACUUUGAGGGGAGUUCGCAGUAGGGGAAGUGCUGCUCUCUCUUUAAACUACAUUUGGCCAAAUGCAUGACAGGAUUUGGUCUCUGACUCUACAAUAUCCCAUUCUAUUCUAUAUGGUCUAGUCAUGGAAUUAUCAUUGACGAGUGGCAACAGUUAUGUUAGUUGAUGGUUGGUAGACUGAAAUGUAAUUGAAAGUGAGUGAUAGUCAAUUGAGUGAUUAGGGGAAAGCUUUACGGCAUAGCUUUCUGUUACAUGUUUAGUUAAGAAGCAAAUAUGUUGACAUUGCAGGCUUGUUUAAGAUUGCACAAGGCAGCUUUUAGAAUUACAACUGAGGGUAUCAUGUUUUCUUUGUUGAUUUAGAAGUAAGUGCCAUACCCCACACAUCUUUUACUCCACACAUCUAGUCACUUAGGCUAUCUUUUUAUCUUAUUUUAAUGUAACUGCAAGAAAGUGUGGGCUCCAUUGUAUCUAGCGUUGUCGUCUACUGUUACUUUGAACACUGGGUAAUGAAGAAGUGUCAUCUAUUGUAUUUGCAGGAAAGGUACGCAUGUCUUUCAAGAAACAAUUGCAGUAGUGACAGGUAAAAGUGAAAUUGCGGACAUUUUAUACCCCUUUUAGACAGACAUCUCGAACACAUUUGAGAUGACGCGCUUAAUUUGGUGGCUCUUCGAAAAAAAUAAGGUAACUGUAGGUAGUUGGUAGCAUGUGAAUCAAAUGAAGGUAACUUUUCUUUCUUUUUUAUUUUUUUGCUUAGCAGUGCACACUACUCAUCAUAUUCAAGAUUUUUUUUUUUUUCGUAUGUUUUUGAAGAGGAGCCAGUGUGGCAAUACUCCGACCAUCACCAGCCUGACAACUGUCAGUGUACAACUGCUAUUUGAUUGCUUUAAAAUUGGGCUUUGAUUUUGGUAGCAGUGGUUUAAGAUAUCCACUAGUAAUGAGAAAAAAUACUGUUGGUUUGUUCAAAUAAUUCACAGUGAGUCGGGUGCAGCUGGAACUGCAAUACUGCACUUUCAGACAUAUGAAGUGGCUGUGUCCUUUUUGUUUCAAAAACUAAUGCCGUUGUUGAAUCUUGUUUGGGAUUAUAGAUUCAGAGAGACACGUGAUAGGUCCUGCUGAGCAAUAGGAUAGUGAGCACUCAAGUUUGCAUUCAAUAGGCCGUAGUUGCUCAAGGUAUGUGAAAUGUUUACGAAAGUGUUCUACGAGACAAAAAUGUUCAGUGAAACAGCAUCUUGGCACUUAUUUAUAACAGGCUUGGAUCCAUACAUUGUGAGCAGCCAUUAGUUUAAAACAAAUUUCACUGUUCAUUCUCCUGUUCACCACAUCUGUAGGUUGUGGGUUAGAAGGUGAUAAGGUAGCCACGUGGCCAGCUUUUGCUACCUGCUAGUUUGACCCUGACAUUGGCAAACCGGCUGCUGGUUUUCCUGUUCUCUGUAAAGUGGCACAUUAUAAGCUGCAUCCCAAGUGCUCUAUCUGGUGUUCAUACAUAACAGACAACUGAAUUGUCGGCAACGAAUUUGUUCCUAACUAACUCCUUAAACUCUUCUUAAAUUCUUUAAAGCAUCCUGUAUUUUGUUGCCAUCUAGACUUCCACAUAUUGCUGUGUUGUUCGUAUGGCAUAAAUAUGCCUUUUGAAUAUAUUAUUUGCUACCACAGUAUGAAGAUUUUAAAAGUGUACCAAAUUUUACAUCAAAGGUUUUCAAUACACUUGAGUCAUGUAGAAUCGGUACAUCGCAUUUUCUUUUCGUUUUGUUUGUAUUUUUCUAAACCAUUGUUUUACAAUGCCCCCUUAACUAUGGUUAUCUGGUCUGUUUAGUUUUAAGUAUUACCUUCUGAAUGAAUGUGCACAUCUUACCUGCAGUCAUAACUUAGCCUGCAUUACUGUUUCUUUAGAUCCAUUUCCAGCUGUUAAAGAACACUACAGCAGUAACGUUUCUUCCUUUUUCAGUUUGAAAUGGAUCUUACAUUACAGUGAUACAGGCUAAGUAUCAGCAGUAGUGCAUUUUCAUCUAUAAUGCCAGAUGUUUAAGGUUGUAUCUGGAAAAAAAAUGAUCAACAUAGAUGUUGAUCAUUGGAUAGACAUAUAAUUGCACAGGUAGCCACAUUAUCUCUCUCUCUACAGAGUUGUAUGUGCAUGGCACGCUGAGUUCAUCUUGGGCAAACUCUAGGUUAGCUUGUUACCAAGAUGGCUGUGGCCACUGCAUUCUUCAAGUGAGUAAAUUUCUUUAAAUUAUGCUAGUACUAUGUUGUUCCACGCUUAUUUUGUGCAGCAAAAGCUCGACAGUUAGUGCUGCUAUGACCUAGUCGGUAGAGGUCUUUCAAAACCUCACAAACUUCAUUUUAUCCUUCAUAGAAUUGACAGGCUGGUGCGCAUAGUCAGUAUUGCUUCUUUGGAAAUAUCAGCCGCUUAGCUGGAAUGGGCCUUUGUUUGUCACUUAGUAAGCACUGUAUUCACGAAUGUGCCUAAUCAUGAUGCUUUUCCUCAAAAGGUAUUGUUGUUCCACGACUAGAUUAGUUAAUGAGCUUCAACAACACACACCUUAACAAUUCCACAUUUUGAUGGGAUUCGAAUGCAAACUUAGGUGCAUGUUAAAGACGUCCAGCUGGCUGAAUUUAAUCCGGAGCUCCCCACUACAGAUGGAAUGUUGGUUUGGAACAUUGAAACUAAUAAUUUAAUAAUAGGUGCGUUGUUGGCUGAUUGUGAAAUUGUACAUAAGUAGUUGCAGAGAAGCAUUACUUAAUUACAGUGGUAACUACUACGUUCACACAAGCCUGCUCUCCAUAGACAGGCAUUGAAGAGCUGAGGGACUUCUGUGAGUAAAACCAUCAUCUCUGGCCUCUAAAGCCAGGGACGAGUCUGUCUUUGCUUGCCAUCAAAACUCUCAACUACUUCAUGUGAAACUAGUGAAACAUCUGCGGCAACUUGUGACUGUCCUAAUCUCUUCAUCUGCUUCAGCCACUUCAUAAAGGCACAAGAACUGGGUUACUUCUAGCAUUUUUUGUGAACUGUGUGAUUCAAAUAACAUCUUAGAGCAUACAGGGUGUUUUGACGAACGUUUUCAAAAUUCUUUAAUGUUGCCUGUGGCAAAUAGCUCGAUUCUAGUUUAUGAGCCGGUCUACUCGAAGCGGCGGACACUGCCUGCAAGAAAAAUUGGAAUGCAAAAUCGAAUAAUUAAUGAGGAUUCAUUAAUUAACUUUUAAGCUUAUUAUCUUAUGACCCAUAUUGCAAUUUACAAAUUCUAGCAGUAAACUUCACAAGGCAGAUCCACUUGGAAUGAAUUCUCAGGACGACACCAGUUUCGAGACAUAAAAUCCCGAACUUUGCGGAGAAAUGCAUUGCUGUUCCAGUUAACUUGUUUACGAAACGUCAUUUCAUGCACUGAAGCACACACGUAAUGGAACUCCAAUGCAUUUCUCCACAAAGUUCAGGAAACUGGUGUCAUCUGGAAAAUUCAUUCCAAGUGAAUCCGCCUUGUGAACUCCACGGCUAGAAUUUGUAAAUUGCAAUAUGGGCCAUAAUUUAAUUAAUUAGAAACUUAAUUUGUGAAUUUUUAUUAAUUCGUCGAUUUUGCAUAUCAAUUUCUUGUGCAAGUAUUGUCUGUCGCUUUGAGUAGACCGGCUCAUGAACUAGAAUUGUGACAUCUGCCACAGGCAACCUUUAAAGAUUUUUGAAAGUGUUCGCUGAAACACCCUGUAUUUAGCAUGCACUCUUUGCACUGCUGAUGACUGUUUUGCAGUCUACUUCAAUUGAAAAGUAAGCAUAGCAUCAGCCGUUUUUGAGCCAAUACAAACUUAAUUGGCAUGAUAAAUUAUAUGUGUUCAACUUCUCCAAGGAAUUAAGCAUGCAUUGAAGUUUACUGUACUAUAGCAAUAUAGUACCCACAGCUUCAAGACGUUCAUUGUAUAUUAUAUAUUGAAGAUUGCAUUGUACCACAAUUUUACCCGACAGCAUGAGCAGUGAUGUUUUUGCAUUAAGUGUGUUCUGUACUAGUAAAUAAUGUUUACACAAAUGUCUAAUUCGAUUUCUUGUGCAUAACUGCUCAAGUUCAUGAAGAUAUCUUGAAAUGAUUGAACUUCUAUGCUUAUUAAACAAGCAUGUGGAAUGUGAAAGCACCAUGGUGUAACCAUUCCUUGAAAGGUGUUUCACUGCAUUUGAUGUUACAGAGGAAGCAGUGUUUCGGUUGGCAUUCUAAAAACUGUUUCAUUUCUUUAUGUCAUUAAUGUACAUAUUGGAUAAUGAUGAGUUUUGAAAUCAUCACUUGUCUAACUACUUAAGGUUAGAGUUUUGACUUCAGUGUGUUGUCUAUAGGAAUUACAUAAUCAAUUACAAUCUAAGGUAUGUACAUUUUGUGUUUAAUGGUUACUUAAUUGCUACGGGGAAAAAUAACUGUUGAUAGCAUACAAGAUGUUGACAAUGAUUGCAUAUCUAAGCUGGCUCAAGUUUGGUGUAUGUGCACAUAUGUUAAAAUGUAACCGUGUAAAAUAAACAGGGUUUGUUAAUAAAACGUUCAAUGUG